CUCGGACGGGUGAGAUUGUGUGCGCAAAAAACUGGGUUUUCUCUUUUUCGGGAUCCGGCUAUUUCUUUGCCUCAAAAAACAUGUCGUCGAGCAACAGGUUCCUCUUCGUCAACGGCGUCGUCUCACCUUCCUCCCCAGCUCCGACGGUCUCUGCCUUCCUCGAAUCCCGCUCAGGCGCGUACACCACCACUCGCACCCACGGCGACGGCUCGCUCGUCCUCUUCUGGGACCGGCACUUACGCCGGCUCGCCGACUCGGCCCGAGUUCUCCUCAAUGCAAACCCUAGUCUUCUAUUCGGAUCCCCACACUCGCUCGACUCGUUUUCACCUCGACGGAUUCGGUCGCCGAGGUGGGAAUCGGCGAUCGAGUCGCUCGUGAAUGAGUCGAUGAGCAAGGCGUUGCCAGUGGCGUUGGGAGAGAGGAAAAGUGGCGAGGAACUGGCGAUCACGGCUCUCGUGAGUGGCAAUUUGGAGAAUAUCUGUGGAUUUGAGGAUUUAGAUGAGGAGAGGGUUUCUAGGGUUCUUGAUGUGCGUGUACAUGUGGGAAUGUAUGUGCCUCCUGAGUUUGGUGUUCGAGAAAAUGGUGCUCGGUUGGCCGUGGUGGGCCGUGGGAGGGAUGUUGCUAAUGCCAAGUAUUCAGAUUGGGUUAGGCUCAGGAAGUCUUUGGAGAAGUUGCGGCCGCCUUUGGCUACUGAGCUCUUGUUGUCUAAUGAUGGGGAUCAGAUACUAGAAGGCGCUGUGACAAACUUUUUUGUUGUUUGUCGCAAGGAUAACAAUGGAAGUAGCCCCGAUGCUACAGGCGAAGACUUGCAUGGUUCUAGUACAUAUCCUUAUGAAAUUCAAACUGCGCCUAUCAGGGAUGGUGUCCUUCCAGGGGUCAUGCGCCAAGUAAUCAUCGACCUAUGCUCAAGCAAUGGAAUACCAGUUCGAGAAGUAGCAUCGUCAUGGUCAAGGAAUGAAUUGUGGGAAGAAGCAUUCAUUACAAAUAGUUUGAGGAUUUUGCAGCAUGUGGAGUCAAUUCAAGUUCCUCUUUCAUGGAAGCUGUUGGAAUCGGAGAAGGAUGUGACGUGGGUGAAGAAACAAUUCAGGGAAGCCCCUGGGAAGAUUACGGCACUGAUCCAGCGGGAGAUCAUGAAGACAGUUGGCGUUGAAGGAUAUGGAGUUACUUCAUUUAAAGUAUGAUGGGGGCGCUUUCAUCUUUGUUGUCUUUUCUAGCAAGGUGACAGCAAAAAUGGAAACUCCGCUCAUUGGUUAUUUCUCAUGGGCAAAUUCCAAGCAUACGGAACGUCAGAACCUCACGCAGAAGUUUAGAAUUGCAUCGCAAUAGCAUUUUCGAUAGUACUUGACGCGCCUUUUGAUUUAGAGCACAUCGGCCAAUCAUUAUAUAUGCAAAUUAUAUGUUAUGCUUCUACUUGUAUAAUAUAUAUACUCUCGUGGGGUGUGUGCUUCUGUACUUGUAGAGAUGGUCAUGUGGGUGGCGUGCCAUCAAGUAACAUUAUCCAUGAGUUGGUGAAAAAUUGAAUACUGGAUUGAAACUCUCUGUGUUGAUCCCUAACAUGUUGAUUGAUGCAAACAUAAUCUCACUUUUCUUUCAAUGA